AUGGCCAAAAACCAGCUGAUCGGUUUGGUUUUGUUGGGUUUCGAUCGCUCGUCGUCGAUGAUCCGCAAGAGUGACGCGGCCCUGCUCCUACAACUCGCGGAGCAGGCCAGCCUAGCGUUCCAGAACGCCGCCCUCUACCGCGAGCAACAGGAAAGGCUCGUGCGUUUGCACCGCGCAGAUCGCCUUGCGGCCAUGGGUCAGCUGGCCGCUGGUGUGGCCCACGAGGUGCGCAACCCACUCACCGCAAUCCGCUCCACCAUGCAAUACCUCGGCACCACGGUCGAAGGAUCUCACCGCGAGCUCUUCGAGGAUCUUAUCGGCGAGGUAGAUCGCAUUGAUCACAUCAUCAGCGGUCUUUUGAACUUGGCGCGAACCGGCAACCUCCAACGCUUGCCGGUGGAUUUGGCGGACCUCACCGAGCAGACCGUCCGCUUCCUCGAUCAUCGCGCACGAAAACAAAACGCCAAGAUCUCCGCCCAAAGCUCCGAGCCGAUCAUGGUCGAAGCCGACCCCAACCAACUGCGUCAGGUCUUCCUCAACCUCAUCCUGAACGCGUUGCAGGCCAUGCCCGAAGGUGGCUCGAUCAUCGUCGAUUGCCAAAUCGAGCCCGAUCGAUCCCGCCCUUCACAAAGUUGGGCGCAGAUUCGAAUCAUCGAUGACGGGCCGGGCAUUCCCGAGGAGGUUCUACGCAACGUGCUCGAUCCGUUCUUCACCACCAAGAGCGAAGGGACAGGAUUGG